UUAUUCGCACUUCAAGUUCAUUUCUUUCUGUCUCCUGAGCAAACCCCAGAAACCAAAGCCACAACCUUUUGUGUCAGAAGAGAAUCCAAAAACCAUGAUGUCUAGAAUAAACAACGUUGCUACUUGGAUGGAUGAAAGAGAGGACGAAAACUCUGCUUCCGCUUCAUGGCCUAGAAACUCCAAGCCCAACAACAUUAUCACAACCACCGACAGAAACACUCAUGUUCCUGGUUCUUCUUCUUCUUCUGGUUUUGUUGAAAACAGAGAAGACUUGGGUUCUCUCUGUGCUUUCAAACCCAUGCUCGAAAUAGACGAGGAAUGGUACCUGGGAAACCACCCAGAUAUUAGGGACAUGGCUUUCACCCCAAACUUCGUUGACCCAGAUAGCCUUUUGCUUCACACAGUUGACUCAUCAUCUUCUUGUUCUCCCUCUUCCUCUGUGUUCAACAACCUCGACCCUUCAUUAUCACAAGUUCAAUACUUUCUCCCUCCCAACCCAAAACCCACCACCAUCACCACAACAACCUUGCCUUCUCUUCUCAACCCUUUUGAUAUGGGUUGCGAAGUGGCGUUUCUUGAGCCUCAAGCUUCCACAACUUCUCCAGUGCUCAAUAGAGCUUCUUCUUCUUCCCUUCUUGGUGGUUUCGUUGACUUGAGUUCAAAGAACCAGUUAGCCCUUCCUAACAUGUGCUCAGAUUCCCAGUUAGCAAUCGCCAGCAUGCACCAGUUGCCACAAAGUAGCACCGGGUUUGCGGGUUUUCAGAACUUGGAAGAAGGUUCUGGAAAGCCUCUGUUUCUGAACAGGUCCAAGAUUUUGAGACCCCUUGAAUCGUUGCCUCCAUCUGGAGCACAACCCACUCUGUUUCAGAAGAGAGCAGCACUAAGAAAAAACAUGGGAUCAGAAGGUGGUGUUGGUGUUCCAAAUAGGGGCAAGUGUGAAGUUGGUGAAGGGAGUGAUAAGAAGAGGAAGGUGAGUAGCGUGGAGGAGAUAGAAGAUGCAAGUUUUGAUGGGUCAGGAUUGAACUAUGAUUCUGAUGACUUGACUGAGAGUAAUAACAAUAAUAAGAUGGAAGAUAUUAAUUGCAAGAAUGGUGGAAACAGCUCCAAUGCCAACAGCACCGUCACCGGUGUGGAUCAGAAAGGGAAGAAGAAGGGAAUGCCUGCUAAGAAUUUGAUGGCUGAACGCCGCCGUAGGAAGAAGCUCAAUGAUAGACUCUAUAUGCUGAGGUCCGUUGUUCCAAAGAUUAGCAAAAUGGACAGGGCUUCAAUACUUGGGGAUGCAAUUGAGUAUCUGAAGGAACUUCUGCAAAGGAUCAAUGACCUUCAUAACGAGUUGGAGUCAACACCUGCCGGCUCUUCACUCACACCUGCCUCAAGCUUCCAUCCUUUGACACCUACUCCACCUGCACUGCCAAGCCGUAUUAAAGAAGAACUAUGCCCCAGCUCAUUGCCAAGCCCCAAUGGCCAAUCUCCCAGGGUUGAGGUUCGGUUGCGCGAAGGAAGGGCUGUAAAUAUCCACAUGUUUUGUUCCCGCAAACCUGGCCUGUUGCUCUCAGCCAUGAGGGCUUUGGAUAACCUUGGGUUAGAUAUCCAGCAGGCUGUUAUUAGCUGUUUCAAUGGAUUUGCUAUGGAUAUUUUUCGAGCUGAGCAAUGCAAAGAAGGUCAGGAUGUCCAUCCAGAGCAAAUCAAAGCAGUACUCUUGGAUUCAGCUGGCUUCAAUGGCAUGAUCUAACUAAGUUUUGGCAAGAAAAGAAACUACAAGAUGCCAUUUCAGACAGUAACUUAGCAAGUUUAAAUAGUUUUACUCUUUAAUGCCCAUAAUUCAACUGUAUGAUACUGGCUCUGGUAACUUCAGUUUAAGUUGAAUUAGAAGUUUCCACAAGAGUUUUACCCCUUUAACAAAGUUUCAUUGCCUGGCACUUCAUGUUCCUCGGGUUCAGUUAGUCCAAGGACAUUUCUGAA